GGCUGCAGCCCAACGUAACUGUUAGGCUUCACGACUGAAAAUCGUCAGUCUAGCUAGGGAAAAGAAAGGAGGGACAGAAAUGCAUUAUUGUAUAUUUGCAAGAGUAUUAUCGGCCUGCCCCAUCGCAUUGGCAACCGCCGGAGCUUGGAGGAGGAGCACUUUCUUCCAACAGGAAGCACGGGGCGACGAAAAGGGAAGGGACUACGGGACGGGGUCCAGCCCCUUUUGCGUUCCUCUCACGUUGCGAUGGAUGUUUUUUUAAUUGCGAUUGAAUCGAGUGGUGCAGGGCUAGACGGUUGCAAAUCGGAGUCGACUCCUUUGAAACCGGCUUCCUAAUUCCCGAGGUGAUCAUUUCUGCGGAUAUGUGAACUCGCUCUCAGUCCUCGAACCCCCUUGAUUGCAGAGCUAAAGUUUAUUCCAAAAGGAGGACCCUGAUCAACAAACAAGAAAACUUCCUUUGCAGGAAUGAGGUUUUACCACACCUGCAAGCUACCUGGAAGAAUUAUGGGUAUCCGGCUACUUCACUUCUCUUCUAUAGUGAUCUUUUUGCUGCUUCUGGUGGCAGGUGCAUUAACAGCUUUACUGCCUAACAUUAAGGAAGAUAAAAUGCUUACUCUGCGAAGGGAAAGAAAAUCCCAAAGCCAGUUUGCUUCGGAUUCGUUUACUCUUAUUAUGCAGACAUACAAUAGAACAGACUUACUCUUGAAGCUUUUAAAUCAUUACCAAGCCAUCCCUCAUUUACACAAAGUGAUAGUUGUGUGGAAUAACAUUGGGGAAAAAGCACCUGAAGAAAUAUGGAACACCUUGGGACCUCAUCCUGUCCCAGUCAUCUUCAAAGUGCAAACAGUAAAUCACAUGAGGAACAGACUUCAGGUUUUCCCAGAGCUGGAAACAAAAGCUGUUUUGAUGAUGGAUGAUGAUACCCUAGUUAGCGCCUAUGACCUAGUUUUCGCUUUCUCCAUUUGGCAGCAAUUUCCAGAUCAGAUAGUGGGAUUUGUUCCCAGAAAGCACAUACCCAGCCCUGCAGGGAUAUACAGCUAUGGGAGCUUUGAACUGCAGGGUCCUGGCAUCAGCAAUGGGGACCAGUAUUCAAUGAUCCUAAUCGGAGCAGCCUUCUUCAACAGUGCAUACCUAGAACUUUUUCAGAAACAGCCUGAAGCUGUGCACGCCAUGAUAGAUGAGACUCAAAAUUGUGACGAUAUUGCCAUGAAUUUCUUGGUAGCCAAACAGAUGGGAAAGCCUUCAGGCUUGUUUGUGAAGCCAGUAGACCUCAGGAAUUUAGAAAAAGAAAGUAACAGUGGUUAUUCUGGAAUGUGGCACCGGGCAGAACACUUGCUGCAAAGGUCCUACUGUCUUAAUAAAUUGGUCAGUAUCUAUGGCAACAUGCCUUUAAAAUAUUCUAACAUUAUGAUUUCCCAGUUUGGUUUUCCAAACUAUGCUAAUCACAAGAAUAAAGUAUAAGGAUAUGCUCCAGUAAAUGCUUCAACAUGCUUCUCAGCAAUUAAAAUAAUAAACCAAGUCAGGAAGUAUGUAAAGAAAUCUGUAGGGUACACAUUCUUUGGAGCUUAUUUCUGCAAGAGCUCUUUGGGGAUGUAAAGUCUGGGUGAAACAUUCCAUCAGUUGUGCUCAGCAUGUGAAAGCUUCAGUUGGCUUUGCUAUUUAUCCCCAUUUCAGACAACCCCAAACACUUGAAUGCAGAUUAUCCCAGAAAGCCAUGUGCAUUCACAUAAUCAACAUUGCAAAUGUAUUUCCAGCCGAAAUAUGUAAGCCCACGACCAUUUUUAUUUUAAGUCUACCUAUUCAAAUAUAUCAAUGAAAGAUACAUAGAUUUGUAGCAUCUUUUUUUUCCCCUUCACAUACAACCAAGCUACGUGUUAUUUGUAUGUCACAUAUUGCUCCAGUGACACUCAUUAAUUUUAUCCAUAGAAUAUGAAAUGAGAUAUUUUCUGGGGAAUAAUUUGCUGAUUUGAGAACAUUUGCAAUAACAUUAUUUUCUGCCCCUCCCCACAGCUAAAUAAUAUUUUUAAAAAAACAUGGUGAAAUAUUUGUCACAAAUACGUUCUCUUGAUCUUGGGACAUGUGAAAAGUUUGCCCUCUCCUUCCACAAAUCUCUUUAUUUUAAUAAAAGUUGUUUAAAUGUUGAGACAGUGCUAUUUUACGUGUUAAGUCAAAAGCUAAAAUAAAUUGUUUGCAGUUUUUUCUGACUCUGACAUAAUGUUAAAAUGUUUCUGAGUUUAUACAACUUAUAAAAUUUAUGUGCUUCAAUCUGAAAUGCUUCUAUAUCUCUGAAAGGACAUACCAGUUUUAACCUCUUAUCUAUCAGUAAAAGCCAAUAAAGAAAGUUGCAAGGUUGGGAAUCUUUUCUAUGGAAAUCAUAAUGCAAGACACAGAGAACGCAGUACCUCUGGGACAGAUACAGUGAAAGCAAGAGGAAAAUCUCCUAGCAUUUCAAGUUGCUGUCUUCUCUAUAAACUACUACGUCUGUAUAUUCAAGAAAAGAAUUGUGUUUCCAACUAUACAGAUUCCAUGGAAGCCAAGCCUGAGAUCCAAAGAUCCUAUAUAAUUCUUUUUUUUUUUUGCUUGCUUUUUCAAAGAAACAGCCCCCAUCCAAAGCUAUUCAAUCCAUAUUUUAAUAUCCAACAUUUAAACUGAAAAUUUGCUACUACAAAAAAAAAACACCAUUUCAUCUGUGCAAUAUUUUGAUCGGAUUAAAAAGAUUAAGCAUAGAUUACCAUACAAAAGCUGCAGCCAACAUCUGCAACAAUGAUCUGGGGCAGCUGACAGUAUGGUUGACAGAACACAGAGGGCGCAGUAGCAAAGUAGAAAAUUGCAUCAAAGGUUACUCAGCCUACGAUCAGUAUGAGUUCAAUUGCAAUUUUUUUAUUUGAAUGCACAUUUUUUUCAGGCUCAUGUAGAUAGGUAUCUGAAACUGAUGGCUCAUUGCUGCCUUCAAGAAGAUGAAAUGUAUAUUAGUAUUUGGUUUGGAAAUUGGGGUUAUGCUACCUUGUAUAUAAAGGUGCUGUAUUUCUGUUCAUUCAGUUAGGCUUAUUCUGUAUCUGAGUUUGUAUAUUUCUUUUCCUUCCGCUCAACAAUUUUCAAUCUGUUGAAAAUAUUUAUGAUUUAGAAUUCAGUGGCUACUGGAGAUGUGACUGCCUAGUUCAGUUGUAUUUUGAUCUACGUUUUCCCAAGAGUUGUGCAUUUUUCCUCUUUUACAGUCAUAUUGUUGGACAUUUGUUUUUUUCAUCUUUAUUUUCUAACAGAACAGCUAAUAAAGAUGUAUAAUAAU